CAUCAGUGAGAGGAAGACAGAGUGUCAGGCUACAACGUGCAGUACCAGAAAAGCUCCCUGAAGACCUGUCUACAGCAGCUAUGGGAAGUGCUAACAGCUCCACAGUAGAUGAUUUGCAGGCUGUGGAAAUCCACCACUGGUACAAGAAGUUCAUGACAGAAUGUCCCUCAGGGCAGCUGACACUUCAUGAAUUCAAACAGUUCUUUGGGAUACGUGGACUAACACAGGAAGCAAAUGAUUACAUUGAGCAAAUGUUUCGGACAUUUGACAUGAAUAAGGAUGGUUACAUUGACUUCAUGGAGUAUGUGGCAGCUCUGAGUCUUGUUCUCCGGGGAAAAAUGGAGCAGAAGUUGCGCUGGUACUUCAAGCUGUAUGAUGUGGAUGGUAAUGGCUGCAUAGACAGGCAUGAGCUCCUGAACAUUAUAAAGGCCAUCCAAGCUAUAAAUGGCUGUGAUCAGGAGGCUUCAGCAGAGGAGUUUACAAACCGGGUCUUUGAUAGGAUUGAUGUCAACGGAGAUGGUGAGCUAUCCUUGGAGGAAUUUGUUAACGGAGCCAAAAAAGAUGAAGAAUUCAUGAGUAUGAUGAUGGACAGCCUUGAUCUUGCUCACAUUGUGGCGAUGAUUCACAAUCGCAGACGCAGUGUGUAGUCAGACUGACCUAUUCAGCUUUAGGUGCAGACUCUACUAUGGUAACUCAAAAGCAUUGAGUUCUAGCCUAAAUAUCUGAACAGAACAGAUAUCAAUGUAACUGGCCGUGAUGAUCUGCUGAAUCUACAUAUUCAGGAACCCACUGGAAGCUGAGUUUAAUACAACUUAUUGAAUGUAUGAACUUUCUGUUAGUGACCGCGUGCCAGGUUUUUAACACAAAUGGCUAAAUUUAUUAUCAGCAUUACUUAAAUGGACGUUACAUUUUAUAUAACUUGUUGAAUGCUGACUUCUGUACAAGAGACUGAUGAAUGUCUCGAUUCAACACAAGAGCAUCAGCACCUCCAGUGUCAGGUUUUGCUACAGGUGACUCAGAAAAUGCGUAAGACAUCCAAAAGUUAAGUUUUCAUAUGCUCUGCUCUAUAACAGCUUUUGAUAUACAACGGAGGUGAAUAUCCAGGUUAACAGAAAGAAAUAAAAUUUACCAGAACAAGAAAAUCCGGUAUAAUCUGUUGAAAAUAAGCCUGCAACACAUUGCACAGACUAACCAGUCUAGGGCAGAGAACAGGCUUCUUAAUCCAUUUGUUGUUUAUUUUCACCUAUAUGUAGACUUUCCUUCCUCAGCCAGAAAUACCUCUAAUCUUAAACUUAAGGUCAUAGAACUUUGGUACAAGUUUUGUACCCACACACAGUACAGCAAUUUUCAGAUUUCCCCUGCAUGUGAAUGGCAUUUUUAGCAGUCAUUGAAUGUUGUUGUAUAAGAUAUUGAGUAUCAUGUUUGUUUACAAAAUUAAUGUAAUGAUAUGAUACUGAAAAUGCAGUCUCUGUUUACCAAAAUGAAGUUAUCCUCCUCUCAGUUUAUAUACUGUAGAAAAUGUGGGUAAUAUUCCAUAUUAUAAAAACAAUACAAAUAAUAGAAAACAGUAAA